UUUUGGUAACACUGCGGUAUGUGCCAUCGCUAACAGCGUGUUUCUCGUUUUCCGCCGAAAUGGAACCCGGCAUUUUUGGAUUAAUUUUGCUUAUUUUAGCAAAAAGCAUCGUUGUAAAUGGAGCCAGACUUAACCAUCCACGUGUUCUGCUGCCCAUUUUCCAGGGUAAGGCCGUCAACUUUACCCUAGAGGUUGAUGAGCAAAACUGUUACAAAUGGACUUCGUCGCGUCAGGACUUAAUAUCAGUGAUGCCAGUUUACCAUGGCUUUAGCGAAUGUGCUUACCAAGCGGUGGUUACAGUGCGUACCAAUGAUCGACGUCGCAACACUGCCAUAGUCUUCGCUGAAGAAGAACAGUCAGGAGAGACUCUGCGCUGUGACGUGAUAGUAGACGUCAUAGACAGCCUUAAUGUUAGAACCGCUACCCGACAGCUUUACUUGGAGGAGGCUCCAGCCAUGUUUGAGCUUCAUGCGUUUGAUGAGCAGGGAAACGAAUUUUUUACGCUAGAAGGCAUCGAGUUUGUAUGGGAGAUAUCAGAGCCCGGAGGCAACAAGCCCGCCGCUAUGCGUCACCUCACUUUUACGGAUAGUCCGUAUCAUACUGUUCCACCAGCUCUAGAGAAGUUUGAAGAACAAGGAAUCAUGGGAUAUAUGAUUCUUUUGGAAGGAAUCAACACAGGUACCUCCAAGGUGACCAUCAGCAUGCCUCAAGCUGAUUACACACAUGUGCCACCAGUCGAGGUGUAUAUAAGUGUGCUAGCCAAUAUAAUUAUUGAACCAUCUGAAGUCACAAUCCUGGCUGGAGAUUCGGUAACAUUCCGCAUUAUGCAGCUUAAAAUGGAUCGUUUAUACGACAUUACAGAUAGUCAGCAAUAUUAUUUGGAGAUAGAAGAUACUAAUAUAGCAUACUUGCGAGGAAGCAGUGCUACAGGAGGGGCAUUGGGCCGAACUCAAGUCAUACUACGUGACCGUAACAUGGCAGACACGGAUAAGGCCACCAAGGGUCCUAGCGCCCUUUUAACUGUCGCAGAGCCUAGUAGACUAGGCAUCAGUUUGCUGCCACAUCUGAACUGGAUAACCGUGCAAGGAGAACUCCACACAGUCGCAUUGGACUUGUUUACUGCUGAUGGACAGCAAAUUACUUUAGGAACUAGCUACUCCAUUGGCUCAGAAUUGGAUGAGUCUAUAUUUGCCGUUAGACAACGUACCCGAAACGGUAGCAGACUAUUUGGUGAAGCUACCAAGGAAGGUGUCAGCCAGGUAUAUGGCUCAUAUAAAGACCUUUCUAUACAAGCGGAGCUCCAGAUAUAUGAGAGCUUGAAACUCUCACCAACCACAGUCGUGCUUCCAUAUGACCCAAGCAGUAUUAAGCCUUUAAAGUUACAAUUUCAUGCAUCAGGCGGCGAUUACAACUAUGCGUGGUUCUCGGGUAAUCCGCAAGUGCUGCAGGUAGAUGCUCACGGCCUAGCGACUGCCGAGAUCCGUGACGUGCGCCCCCCUUUUUUAACCCAGGAAAUGUUUGAGGCCGGCAAUAAACUGACUGCUCACACUACUGUUAAAGUAACGCUUGCCAAGAAUCAAAAAAUUUCCCGCUUGGCCCAAAUACACUUUCUGCCACCGAAGCGCAUUGAAAUCAAAAAGUACAAUUUUGAAACGGCUAUUGAUGACUAUGUAUUCUUGCAUGUGGCCUUGUAUACUCAGGUCAACCAGUCUGAAGUUCCAUAUACAAAUUGUGACAACCUUCAUUUCCAACUGGUCUUUACCCAUCCAAUUUUGCAACAUGAGAAUAAUGGAGAAGAGGAUCAGCCAGCUUCAGGAGCCUGUCAUGUGCUCCGCUUACGUGCCACUUCCGUGGGUAGCACCUCUCUCCGUGUCUCGUAUUUCUUUCAGGAUAAGGAGCUGUACGACACCGUUGACCUUUAUGUCUUUGAGCGACUAACGGGGCUGAAUCCUGUAGAGAAUGAAGUCGUACUUCCUGUCGGUUCGUCGCACAACGUGCUCUUCACUCACGGACCAGAACAUAUUUUUACCCUGGAAGCUGAGCUUACGAAAACAACAGUAUUCGACAGUAAUGUGAUUAAAGUAUCAGAGGUGGAUGAGACUCAAAACUUUGUGACCGCAUUUACUGUGUUAUGCCGCAAGUUGGGAGAGGCAGAGUUUAUUUAUCAAGUUCAAAACACCUUAAUGAAGUCGAGCUUUGUUGCCUACACAUCGCAGCUCACCACCAAGGUCCGAUGUGUACGCCCACGUUUUCUUAAACUACUUGCGCGCCAGCAACUACUUGAAUCUUGCCCUCUGGAACACCGUUCAUCGUUCCUAUACUUGAAGGACCACGGGAACAAGUUCGAAAUCGAAAUCGAAGUCCAGGAUGCUAACAAUCGAAGACUCAUGAAUAUUAGCUCCCUUUCGAUAGACUGGGAAUUUGCCGCGGGCGAUGAAAAGUAUCAGAAAGAUGGCAUUGAACAUACAGAAAUAUCGGAACUCAAUUCUAUCCAUGGUGUUAUUGUGCCAAGUCGCGACAUUCUUGUACUGACCAUUGGCGAGAUAGCAUCUAAUUUUCGUGUUAAAGGCACUGUAGCUCAUUAUAAGGACAAGCUGCUAGCACAACUAAAUAUCAAUGCAGAGCGACCACCUUUCGGAGUUAAGGAUCCAAAAACUGGAUUGACAAGCACACCUGUAAUCGAGAAUGAGGUCAGAUUUCACACAAUUAACAGAACCCUGCUCUCAAAGGAUUUUGUGAGCAUUUUUCUUGCAAAAGACUACAGUGAGCGCAUAUCCAUAGCCCAGGGAAGUGGUCAUUUUCACAUAGAUCUUUCCGAGCAGGGAAUAGUGAAGGCAAACUACGAUGCGCAAGCUCGAUUAUUAAUUUUGACACCCUUACAUCAUGGCCAUGUUCGUCUCGAAUUAAUGGAUAACUGCCUGACAAACGAAGCCAGUCACUUAUCCAUUUCCGUAGUCGGCAUCGGGGCCAUCAAGGUUAUCAGCAUGGAUCGAGUAGAGCGCUCCGCUCGCAUCGAAGCAAUAGUACGGCUUUAUGACACCAAUGACAACCUGUUGUUUAUUGAUCACAGCAGACUGAAUAUAUACGAUCUUUCGGAGUUGGUUAUUGACCCAAGUGUGCUCAGUGUACGACUUGGAGACCAGGAAAACUUAGGGACAGGAGAAAUAAGAUACUUUAUUCAUGGCAAUAAUGUUGGUGACACCAAAGUUGUCUUUCAAUCUGGCAAUGGCGACCAGACGGUGCUUAGUGAACCGCUCAAUGUUCAAGUUUUUUCUCCGAUUCGGCUUUAUCCGCGAGAUUUUACUUUAGUUGUAGGAAGCAGUAUUCAAAUCAGUUACCAGGGUGGACCACAGCCGAAUUCGAAUGUAAUAUAUUUUAUCGAAAAAGAAAAAGUUGCAACUAUGAACUCGGCUUCAGUAACUGCUCUACGUUUGGGAUCCAGUCAGAUUACCGGCAAAUGCAUUCAAAGAAACCCUGUCACAGGCAAAGACGAGGUCAUUUCCGAAGACACUGUGUUGCUUCAUGUGGUUUCCUUAAAGUCAAUUCAAAUCAGGGUGCCUCUUGUCCAUAUACGAAUUGGUGCAGUUAUGCCUGCCACCAUUUGGGGGAUUCCCGACCUGUCGCCUAUGGUUCUAGGAACUCUUCAAGGUAUGCAGAUUUCCUGGUCCGUCAACCAACCUGAGGUCGUCGAGAUAUUCAACAUCUUUUCGGAAGCAGGAAUCGAGUACAAGAAUGAAGACUUAAUUUCGGUUCGAAUACGAGCUUUGAAUUCUGGCAGGGUCACAAUCACGGCAACCGUUUCCUUGGCAGAUGGAUCGAAGCUACCUCCAGCACGUGUGGAAGUUAUUGUUUUUAAAACUCUCGAGCUCGUUGCACCCAAACCAAUAAAAAUAGACUCAAUUUUGGCGGCACCGCGGAGUACACUUCAGCUGAAAGCCAAUAUGGACGAUGUGGUUUACAAGUUAGCUGGUCAAAGUAACAAUAUUGUUAGCAUUUCGCCAAAUGGCCUUUUAAACACAAAAGACACCCUUGGACGAGAUCUGAUUAUUGCCAAAACAGUGGACCAAACGCUGCCUAUUGACAUAGAAGUCAAAAACGUUGAAUAUAUUUUGGUCACGUUGAUACCGGCUAUUAAACUAAAAAAAAUCGAACACAAGGUUCCACGGGGCAUGAACUUUGUAUUCAAGGUUUCGUUGCAUGACAAUCUGGGAACUGAGUUCUCAGAGACCAUUGGGGAUGGCAACGAGCUUUACUAUGAACUAGCCACCACAGAUACGGUCGAUGUCCAAAUAAAUAAUAAUUUUUCGAUAGCGCUAAACCUUUACCGGGAAACUAACAACGUAAUAACCAUCGGGCUUCGGGACUCAGCUGGGGUGAAACACGCGGAGGACUACAUCAAAUUGGCAGUAGUAGAGUCUAAGGCUAUUUACCCCACAAAGGCUAUUUUCUCAGUGGGCGACGUUAUUUGCUUCAGUUCACCGCUAACGUUAUCAUCGAUUUGGAGCAGUUCAAAUGAACAGAUUGUGACGAUUUCCAAACAUACAGGCGUUGCACGCGUAUUACAAUAUAGGCAAAAUGUCGGAGAAAAAAUUAUAAUUACCACCGGAGACGCGGCCAGUCGAAGCGGAUUUAUUAAGUAUGAUCUGGAAAUUCGCGAGUCGGAUGUGAUUCUUUUCUCCAAGUCACUGGACAUAUUCAGUGGAUCAGAAUAUAUGGGACGACUGGUUCUUCGCAAUCAUGUGCAAUCUGAUAAGUAUAGCAACCUGAUUGCCCUUAACAUGUCGAAUUGUGCUAGCAAAUUGGAAAGCGCGGUUGUGGAUGUAUUUAGCUGUCGGCUGGUGGCUAAAGAUGUGCUUGGUCGCCAAUUACUGAAGUUUUACAAAGUAGAGCCAUGGUUUGAAUCUUCUUCUGGGCAGUAUAGCUGUCGAUUGGUUCUGGUGUCGAAUUUCGUUGACCUGUUGGCCAUUGUCAAGACUAAAGACGUUUUCUUGGAGUUGGAAGCUGCGACGUCUGCCGGAAUCGUAGACACAAUGUCGUUAAAACUUGUGCCGGGUAUUAAAGUGACACCCGAGAGUAUACGGAUAAGUGAAUUAAAGUCGCAUGAAAUGCAUAUUAGUGGUCUAGAAAAGGCUCUGCACAAAGUUCAGGUAAAACCGUCCGACCCCAAGUUCUUUUCUGUUGACCUCUUAGAGCACGGGCAUGGCGUGAGCAAGUUUCGACUGAAAAUUUUCGAGGAAUUUCCGCUGGAUGAAAACUUUUAUGUAUUAGUAAUAUCGCCAGAGACAGAGCAACGAAUUGAAGUUCCAAUCGUUGGCAGUACAAUGGUACAGAAAUGCUCUGGACGUACGUACGGCGGACCAAUUCUUUACCGGUUGUUAGAGAAUCUUGGAUUCAUAUUAACUACCAUAGUGAUUGUAAUAAUUUCUAUCUGGGUGUAUAUGUCUUGCUUCCAAACGCAGGGAGUCACGCAAGUCAACUCUGAGGCAUUUCAAAGAAAGAAAUCGAUGCCUUCCUUUAAUGGCUCCCCCAUAUCAAAACCUUACGAAGAUUCCUUUGGAAAUUCAUCGAGUUCCCACAACUACUCGCAAGAACGACGACGCAAUUUUACUGAUUCACCAAACGACACUUAUGUGUACGGCCAUCCGCAGUUAAACUCCCCAAAUAGAUCAGGCAGCUCGAAACGGUUUAAUUAACGGCGGGGUGCAACUGAAAGUUGGCUACUGGGAUUGUAAAACGUAUCUCAAGAAUAGUUAAGGCUGUAAAUAAUUAAGUAUGAGUUUUCCUUUUCACUUCUUAUACUACUGUUGUAAAUCUUUUCAGUAACAUAUGUAAUUUUUGUAUCGUCCAUAUUAUUAGGUGCAAAAACUUUAACUGCCUAUACAUAUAUAUACAUACUCAUAUAAUAAGUUCAGACUUACCUAAUUCUAAGUAAUUUGUAUUGUUUAAAAAAAAAUAUCUUAGAAACCACACCCGCGUUAUUCAUGAUGUUCAUUUGUAAUACACAGAAAAAAAUAAAACCAAAAAAAGAUUUAUC